CAUUUCACGUUCUUUGCUUCACGUUUCGUCAAAAAAAAUUGUUGCUGCAGCUUUAAAGUAAAUUAUAAAAGAUUAAAAAAUAAAAAAUAUAUAAUUUUAGUAUAUUAAAAGUAAAGUAAACAUUGUGAAAAAUGGCUGAUAUAUCUACUGAAGAUUUAAAAGCAGAAAUUAAUGCUAUACUGAAGACGGCGGACCUUUCGGUCGUCUCGGUGAAGAAAGUGCGCGAGCAAGUGGAGAAGAAACUUAACUGUUCCCUAUUGAGCCGUAAAAAGGAAUUUGAUAGCAUUGUCAUGGAUUUCAUAAAUCAACAACAGGAAGAAAGUGAAGCAUCAGCGGAAGAGGAAGAAGAAGAAGACGAUCCAUCCUCAGAGGAAGAGCAGGUUGAAAAGAAAACAGCCAAAAAGCGCCCCCAACCAACUCAACGUAAGGCAACACCUAAACAAAAGAAGAAGCGAAAGUCCAUAAAUGGAUCCGAUUCCGGCUCUGAAUCCGAUGGUGGCUCUGACUCGGAUUAUGAAAUGCCGAAAAAGAAGGGCCCAAAAAAGAAGGCUGGCGGUGGUGGUGCCGGCGGCGGUUCUGGACGCAAAUCAACGGGAUUUACUCGCCCAUACAACCUUUCACCAGAGUUGUCGGCUUUAAUGGGUGCUGAAUCAUUACCACGUCAUGUAGUGGUGAAGAAAGUAUGGGCCAUUAUAAAAGAGCGUAAUUUAUACGAUCCUAAAAAUAAACAAUUCGCUAUUUGCGAUGAUGAACUAAUGAAGGUGAUGAAAGUCAAACGCUUCCGUACAUUUGGCAUGCUAAAACACUUGAAACCACAUUUUCUGGAUUAAAUAGUAUGCGGUGAGAUCGGUGGAAGCUAAGAAAAAGCUAGAGCAGAUGAAAUUCCUAGAGAUCGCAACAUAGGAAUAUUAUAUUAUAUAUUUUAUUUUCAUAAAAAAGAAAAAACAAUUAACACGCUUCAUACUCUAAAAUAGUAGUAUAUACUAUGCAAGAUUAUAAAUUUUAAGAACUUUAAUAUUUUUUUAUUUGCAAUUCCCUUGAUAUUGAUUUACAACAUAUACCGACUGCUAAAUGGGUCGAACGCAUUUUUCACUAAGUUUUAAGUUAAUGUUUGUACGUCUUGAUUGUAAAGCAUGCGUCUCGCUAACGCAAUAAUAUAAAAAGUAGAAUUGAAAAUUUAUUAUAAAGUAAACAAUAAUAAUAGUUAUAUAUAACAUUUGUGCGCCAAAAUGACUAUGUUUAAUACGAAUUUGAAAUCUGAUACGGAAUUAUCAAUACUUUUUUAUAUAAUUUAGAAAAUACAGUAAGUGCAUGGAAACGUCCAUGAUGGAUUCGUGUGUAGCGCAAAAGAGUUAGCAAUCUCUUAAUGUAUGUAUGUACGUAACCAUAUUGAAUAUUUGAAUACGUUUUACCAUUUGCAAUAGAAUUAAAAUUUGGAUUUAUUGACAAUUGAAUUUGAAAUAAAGCAAGACGUUUACAAUUUGAAAAGCAUCAA